AUGGCCGAUAAGCGUGAGCCAAUUCCGGUUGAUCCUGUCGACAUCGGCGAGACCACCGAUCUCGACAGUUUGGCUCAUUUGGCGGCUCAUGGCGGAGAUGGUCGUCUUUUCAAAAUGGAGCAAGAUUACACAAAACAAGUAGACGAAGCGCUCCUCAAAGCUCGUGAUCUGGCUCAAAAAGAUGUUCUCGCUGCUGUAGAGAGUCUUAACAAUAUUGAGAAGCUCACUCGUCUUGGUGCAGAUAUGAAGAGCAAUACUCGUGUUGUUCAGUACAUGACCAAACUUUGCUUCGAAGGUCAAAAAUGGGAUCUUCUGAUGGAAACUAUCAUGACACUCUCCAAGAAGAGACUUCUCAUCAAGAUGGCCAUCGCCAAAAUGGUUCGUGACGCAGUCGCCAUGAUAGAUAAGAUGCCAAGCGACGAUCUCAAAAUGAAACUCAUCGAAACCCUUCGCACUGUCACCGCUGGCAAAAUCUAUGUUGAAGUUGAGCGUGCUCGUCUUACAUCUAUGGUUGUCAAGAAGUUGGAAGCUGAGGGAAAGCUUGAUGAGGCCGCUACGAUGCUUCUCGAGCUUCAAGUCGAGACAUAUGGUUCUAUGGAGAUGAAAGAGAAGGUUUCCUACCUUUUGGAGCAAAUGAGACACUCGUUGGUUCGCAACGACUACGUUCGUGCAACAAUCAUUUCCAAGAAGAUUAACAUUAAAUUUUUCAACAAAUCUGACGCUGAGGAUGUGCAAGAUUUGAAGUUGAAGUACUAUGAUUUGAUGAUCCGUAUUGGACUCCACGACGGAAACUAUUUGGAUGUCUGUCGCCACCAUCGUGAAAUUUACGAAACCAUAAAGAUCAGAGCGGAUCCGGCAAAAGCGGCAUCGCACCUUCGCUCGGCUAUCGUCUACUGUCUUCUGGCACCUCACAACAAUGAGCAAUGGGAUCUGUUGAAUAGAAUUGCGAUUCAGAGAGAAUUGGAAACAGUUCCGGACUACAAAAUCAUUCUCGAUUUGUUUAUCAAUCAGGAAUUGAUUUCUUUCAAGGGAACCAUUGUGGCUCAGUACGAGAAGUUGUUGAGACGUGGAACACCGACGUCUCCAGACACUGGAAUCUUCGACAAGUCGCAGGAAGGAGAAAAGCGGUGGUCGGAUUUGCACCUUCGUGUUGGAGAGCAUAACAUGCGUAUGAUCGCCAAAUACUACACCCAAAUCACAUUCGAACGCCUUGCCGAGCUUCUAGACUUCCCAGUUGACGAGAUGGAAUCCUUCGUUUGCAAUCUCAUUGUCAGCGGCCAGAUCAUCGGCGCCAAACUUCAUCGGCCAUCUCGUAUCGUGAAUCUGCGUUUGAAGAAGGCAAAUGUGGAGCAGUUGGAUGUUUGGGCGAGCAAUGUGCACAAACUGACGGAUACGUUGAACAAAGUGUCCCAUUUGAUUCUCAAGGAGCAGAUGGUUCAUAAGAAUUUGGAUCUCUCGGCGGCGCCACGUGCAUGA